UGUGCUCCCUCGGCGAUGGCGACAUACACUUUACGCUGAAGUUUUCGUGGUUUUCGAUAAUUUUGUCCAAUGAACAGUAAUUCGUAUGGAUACACGAUUUCGCACAGAUCCAUCUUUAUGAGCACAGUAAGACGUACCUUGCGUCAUAUAUAGCUAUCAGUUAGAGGCAAAAUAAGUCUGCCGAGUCACUGUUGACGCUGUGCAUUCCACAGGUAUCGUCCGAAUAAUACCUGAUACCGUAUCAUUCCAUUAUUAAAUGAACCGCGCGUGUUAGGGAAGAAGUAAGGUUCCUUUUAGAUACCGGAUUCGUAGUUGUAAACGUGAUUCUCUGCUGUUUGUUGACAGGGCGUGACUCAAUCCGAUGUCUGUAUAAACAUUAGAACUGUUUGACACGGUAGAAUCAGAAUUUCUUAUCAGUCAGUUGUUACCAUCGCCCACAGACCGAUUUGCAAUGGUUGGAAUCGUACAAAUGAUGUUACGGAAAAGUGGCUUGCCAGUAAACGGACCUGUGAAAAUGCUCUUACGCGUUCCAGCAACGAACUAUUUAUACAGGCAGAACAGGAAUGUGAAGAAAUGGUUCCCAGAUCCAGACUACAUGAAACAGUUUGAAAAUCCUGUUAUGUAUCCAAAUGAAGAGACAGCUAAAUGGAAAAUGCCACCUUACAAUAGUAAAAUAGCUCCAGUGGAGAAGACAGUGCAGAAUAUGACUCUCAAUUUUGGUCCUCAGCAUCCUGCAGCACAUGGCGUACUUCGACUAGUGCUCGAGUUGGAUGGAGAGACUGUGAUGCGAGCAGAUCCUCAUAUUGGUUUAUUACACCGUGGAACUGAGAAAUUAAUUGAAUACAAGACAUACAUGCAGGCUUUACCAUACUUUGAUCGACUAGACUAUGUUUCAACAAUGUGCAAUGAGCAAUGUUACGCUUUAGCUGUGGAGAAGCUGUUGAAUAUUGAAGUACCAAAGAGAGCUAAAUACAUAAGAGUUCUUUUUGCAGAGAUAACUCGCCUUCUGAAUCAUAUUGUAGCCACAGCUUCCCACAUGCUUGAUGUUGGAGCAAUGACACCACUCUUCUGGCUCUUUGAAGAGAGAGAAAAGAUGAUGGAAUUUUACGAAAGAGUAUCAGGGGCAAGAUUGCAUGCUGCUUACAUUCGACCUGGUGGAGUCCAUCAGGACAUCCCCUUUGGUCUUUUGGAUGAUAUAUAUGAAUUUGUUAGCAAAUUUUCAGAGCGUCUGGAUGAAGUUGAAGAUAUUAUUACAACUAAUCGCAUAUGGAUAAAAAGAACUAAAGAUAUUGGAGUAGUUUCAGCUGAAGAUGCUCUUAAUUAUGGAUUCAGUGGAGUGAUGCUAAGAGGAUCUGGCAUUAAGUGGGACCUACGCAAGACACAGCCAUAUGAUGCUUAUGAUGAGGUUGAAUUUGAUGUACCUAUUGGAACAAAUGGGGACUGCUAUGACAGAUAUUUAUGUCGUUUUGAGGAAAUGAGACAGUCUGUUAGAAUCAUUGAGCAGUGUCUAAACAAAAUGCCUCCUGGUGAAGUUAAGACAGAUGACAUGAAAAUAACUCCUCCUUCACGGGCAGAAAUGAAGACAUCAAUGGAGGCAUUAAUCCAUCACUUCAAGUUAUUUACACAAGGCUGUCAUGUGCCACCAGGUGCUACCUACACAGCAGUGGAAGCUCCGAAAGGAGAAUUUGGUAUUUACAUUAUUUCUGAUGGCAGUUCCAAACCAUAUCGCUGCAAAAUCAAAGCACCAGGCUUUGCUCAUCUUGCAGCCAUUGACAAAAUUAGCAGAAGACUUAUGUUAGCUGAUGUUGUGGCUAUCCUAGGUACACUGGAUUUAGUGUUUGGUGAGAUUGAUCGCUAGACAGAAUCAACGAAAAGAAAAAUAUGAAGAAAUAAAAUAUAGUUUUGAUGACAUAGAAGAUAUCUGAAAUAAACUCUGUUUAUAAGGAGUA